UUUCUCUUAUUUGGCUUAAAACUUCUAUCAAUUGUUGUAUUAUUGUCUUUUUUAUUGUGGAAUAUAUUCAAUUAUAAUAAUGAGUCAAUUCGCUUCUCCCAUGCCUUCUAGAGAGUUUUUGUGGAAUGUUUUUCAAAGGGUGGAUAGAGAUCGUAGUGGUUAUAUUAAUGCAGAUGAAUUGCAGUCAGCUUUAUCAAACGGUACAUGGAGCCCUUUCAAUCCAGAGACAGUGAGAUUGAUGAUUGGUAUGUUUGACAAGACAAACAGAGGUCAAGUUAGCUUUGAAGAUUUUGGGGCGUUAUGGAAGUACGUUACUGAUUGGCAAAAUUGCUUCAGGUCAUUCGACAGAGAUAAUUCCGGUAAUAUUGAUAGGAACGAAUUGAAAACAGCACUGACAACUUUCGGUUAUCGUCUGUCUGAUCAGCUCAUCAAUACCUUGCUAAGGAAAUUUGACAGGCAUGGGCGUGGGACAAUUUUGUUUGAUGACUUUAUUCAAUGCUGCAUCGUAUUAUAUACACUAACUUCUGCAUUCCGUCAGUUUGAUACCGAUCAGGAUGGUGUGAUAACAAUACAUUAUGAGCAAUUUUUGAACAUGGUGUUUGGAUUGAAAAUUUGAAAUUCAUUUUAAAUAAUGUGCCAACCUGCUGUGGAAGAUAAUAUUUACUUGAUGAUCAAUAAGACUAAAAAUUUAAGAUUCAAAAAUAAGCAGAUAUAUUUGUCGUUACUGAAAUGUUUACUUGAAAUGGGUUCUUUUGGCUCCACUUGAAUGUUUUUGUACAUCGCCUUAUAGGUCAUAGUUUAUUUAACUAAGAUAUCAUAUUUUUUAUACUUAUUAGUUACGAUUGUUAUGAGUGUUCUUUUGUUCUCAAUAAAUUGAUAUAAAAUGUU